AUGGCAAGAGAAAGCGUCUCUGUCGUCUUUGCGAAGCGACCGACGGGAGAUAUCGUGCCCGGAGAGACUUUUCGCGUCGAAUCCGGUCCGGCGCCAACGGAGGCAGAUCUCAAAGAUGGCGAGGUACUCUUCGAGACGUAUUAUAUAUCGCUAGACCCUUCAAUGCGUGUUUGGUUGAGAGAAACCGCUUCAUACCUGCCCCCAGUGCAGAUUGGUGAGGUCAUGAGAGGUAUCAGCGCCGGUCGCAUAUUGGCAUCCAAGAACCCAGCUUUCAAGGCCGGUGACUGGGCAACGGGAUUUUCUGGAUGGAGGGAAGUCGCUGUACUCGGUCCUCAAACUGUCUUCCCUGCGCCAUUGCUGCCAGGCAUAGAGAAGCCGGACCUGCUCGGAGCUCUAGGCAUGACUGGACUCACUGCCUUAUUGGGGCUGAACAAGAUUGGACUGCCGAAAGAAGGAGAGCUCGUCGUUGUGUCGGGAGCCGCGGGAGCAACAGGGUCUAUUGUGGGGCAGAUUUGCAAGCUGAAGGGCUGCCGUGUCGUUGGAAUUGCGGGAACGGACGACAAGUGCGCCUGGUUGAAAGAGCUUGGGUUUGAUGUGGCCUUGAACUACAAGGCCCCAGAGUUCCGAGAACAAUUCCUCGAGGCAACAAAGGACAAAAUUGACGUAUACUGGGAUAAUGUCGGAGGCGAGAUCCUUGAUCUGGCUCUGGGCCAGGCCAAGCUUCGCGGUCGGAUUGUGAAGUGUGGAAGUAUCGGCGAGUACAACGGUGAUAAGUCUUCUGGAGAUCUCAUGAAGAACCUCGGGCGGAUGUCGUCGAUGCGACUGCGAAUGGAGGGCUUCAUUGUGCUCGACUUCGCGGCAGACUUCCCUGAAGCAAUGAAACAGAUGGCUGUGUGGGUUUCGCAAGGGCAGAUCAAGUCCAAGAAUACCGUAGUCAAAGGCGGACUUCAGAAGGCAGACCAAGCCCUCGCCGACAUGUUCAAAGGCAUCAACACAGGGAAACUGGUCGUCGAGGUCAAGGACCCCGAGCAAAGUUCAUAG